AUGGCCUCCCUUGCUGCAGCAAAUGCAGAAUUUGGCUUCGACUUAUUCAGAGAGAUGGAUAGCAGUCAAGGAAAUGGAAAUGUAUUCUUCUCUUCCCUGAGCAUCUUCACUGCCCUGACCCUAAUCCGUCUGGGUGCUCGAGGUGACUGUGCACGUCAAAUUGACAAGGCACUUUACUUUAAUACCCCAUCAAGACAAGGAGACUCUUCUAACAACCAGCCAGGACUGCAGCAUCAGUUGAAAAGCGUUCUUGCUGACAUAAACUCAGCUCAUAAGGAUUAUGAACUCAGCAUUGCCAACGGACUUUUUGCAGAAAAAGUGUUUGACUUUCAUAAGAAUUACAUUGACUGUGCUGGAAAGUUAUACAAUGCCAAAGUAGACAGAGUUGACUUCACAAAUGAUAUAGAAGAAACCAGAUAUAAAAUUAAUAAAUGGAUUGAAAAUGAGACACAUGGAAAAAUCAAGAAGGUGCUAAGUGGAAGCAGCCUCAGCUCAUCUGCUGUCAUGGUGCUGGUGAAUGCUGUUUACUUCAAAGGCAAAUGGAAAUCCGCCUUCACCAAGAGUGAGACCCUCAACUGCCAUUUCAGGUCUCCCACAUGUCCUGACAAAGCAGUUGCUAUGAUGCAUCAAGAACGGAGGUUCAAUUUGUCUACAAUUCAGGACCCACCCAUGCAGGUUCUUGAGCUCCAAUAUCAUGGUGGCAUAAGCAUGUACAUCAUGCUGCCCAUGAAUGACCUAUCCCAGAUUGAAAGCAAGCUGAGCUUUCGGAAUCUAAUGAACUGGACCAGUAGGAGGAAAAUGAAAUCUCAGUAUGUGGAGGUGUUUCUUCCUCAGUUCAAGAUAGAGAAGAAUUAUGAAAUGAGGCACCAUUUGAAAUCCCUUGGGUUGGAAGAUAUCUUUGAUGAGUCCAGAGCCGAUCUCUCUGGAAUUGCUUCUGGAGGCCGUCUCUAUGUAUCAAAGCUGAUGCACAAGUCAUUCAUAGAGGUCACGGAGGAGGGCACCGAGGCCACUGCUGCCACAGAAAAUAACAUUGUUGAAAAGCAGCUCCCUGAAUCCACAGUGUUCAGAGCUGAUCACCCCUUUCUGUUUGUCAUCAGGAAGAAUGGUAUCAUCUUAUUUAUGGGUAAAGUUUCUUGCCCUUGA